AGACGAGUGGAUGCAGAUGUGUCUCAGUCUGAAACGGGAAACCGAACGCGCCUCUCCCAUUAUAAAAUUCAAGAAGAGAGAAAUUGGCGGCGUUCAAAACGCCGCCGGAAUUUCAUGAUUUUUUUUUUUUUUACACAAAUGUUGACUGACAAUUUAUAGUUUGAUGUUAUAAAAUUGACGUGUGAUUUAUAAUAUUGAAGGAAAAACUUGGAGAGUGCAUUGAAAAUUUUUUUUUUCAACCGGCAUCACCAUGCGGUGGUGUAUGGUUAUUUUUUUACCAUUUUUUUUAUUUAAUCAAGUGUAUUCGGAAAUUCUUACACCGCCUUACUUCAAUUUAGCAGAGGGAAAAGAAAUUACCGCAUCAGCAACAUGCGGUGUCGAUACAACGGGUCCUGAACUUUAUUGUAAAUUAGUUGGUGCGAAUGCUGAUCAAAAGGAAGAUAUUAAUUUAAUUCAAGGACAGGUUUGCGAUUAUUGUGAUCCAAAUGAUCCGGAGAAAAGUCAUCCACCAGAACAUGCUGUCGAUGGUAUGGAAACUUGGUGGCAAUCACCGCCCCUUUCCAGGGGGAUGAAAUACAACGAGGUCAAUCUGACCAUCAAUUUAGGACAGGAAUUUCACGUGGCCUAUGUUUACGUUCGUAUGGCAAAUUCACCACGACCGGGUGUUUGGGUUUUGGAAAAAUCGAAAGAUUAUGGACAAACUUGGUCACCUUGGCAAUAUUUUUCCGAUUCUGAGAGUGAUUGUUUAACUUAUUUUGGUGUCGAUAGUCAUACUCCAAUUACAAGAGACGACAGUGUAAUUUGUACCACUGAAUAUUCAAAAAUUGUACCACUCGAGGGUGGGGAGAUUCCAAUUUCAAUUUUAAAUAAUAGACCAUCGGCGAAACAUUAUUUUAAUUCAACUCUAUUGCAAGAAUGGACAAGAGCAACAAAUGUGCGAUUUCGUUUUUUAAGAACGAAAAAUUUACUCGGACAUUUGAUGUCUGUCGCUAGACAAGAUCCAACUGUUACUCGAAGGUAUUUUUAUUCGAUUAAAGACAUCAGUAUUGGAGGAAGAUGUAUGUGUAAUGGUCAUGCAGAUACUUGCGAUAUUUUAGAUCCAAAUAUGCCAAAGAAAUUGGUGUGCAGAUGCCAGCACAACACUUGUGGACCACAAUGUGCAAGUUGUUGCAAGGGUUUCGAACAAAAAAAAUGGAGAAUAUCCACUGGACUUUCGAAAUUCACUUGCGAACCCUGUAAUUGUUUUGGACAUACAAACGAAUGCGAAUACGAUCCGGAAAUUGAUGAGAAACAUUUAUCAUUGGAUAUCCAUGGAAAUUAUGAAGGUGGUGGUGUUUGUCAAAAUUGUAGACACAAUACGGAAGGUAUUAAUUGUAAUCGUUGUAAAGAGAAAUUCUAUCGACCUGAAAGAAAACAUUGGAAUGACACCGACGUAUGUCAACCUUGUGAUUGUAAUCAUUUCUUCUCGACGGGAAAUUGUGCCGAAUCAACUGGAAAAUGUGAAUGCCGACCUGAAUAUCAAGCUCCAAAUUGUGAUUCAUGUAGUUAUGGUUACUUUGGCUAUCCAAAUUGUCGUCCUUGCGAGUGUCAUCUCAAUGGAACUGAUGGUUAUCAUUGUGAAGCUAUUGAAGGUUCCUGUCCAUGUAAACCAAAUUACGCCGGUCAUUAUUGCAAUCUUUGCGCUGAGGGUUACUUCAAUUUUCCCGAGUGUUUAGCUUGUAAUUGUAAUUCUCUGGGAUCCCUAAGCGAUAUUUGCGAUGUAUUGUCUGGAAAUUGUACUUGCAAAAAUAAUUACGGCGGAAGAACUUGCGAUAUUUGCGAAGAUGGUUAUUACAAUUAUCCCGAGUGUACCUAUUGUAACUGUGAUAGUCGGGGAACUGAACCCGGAGUCUGUGACAAAACCGACGGUCACUGCCUGUGCAAAGAAGGAUACGGUGGCGAGAGAUGUGAUCGUUGCAUCGACGGCUACUUUGGAUAUCCAAAUUGCAAACCUUGCAAUUGUAGCGCCAUCGGUUCAUCAUUUAUUGGAUGUGACGUUACUGGAAAAUGUUCCUGUCUCGCGAAUUUCGCUGGAAAAACUUGCGAUCAAUGCAGUCCUGGAUAUUACAAAUUUCCAGAUUGUAUAAAUUGCGAUUGCGAUAGUCACGGUUCGAUUGGAGUCUCUUGCGAUUUAGAAGGAAAAUGUCAAUGUAAAGAAAAUUUCGAUGGUCCUCAAUGUAAUCAAUGCAAGGAGGGAUUCUACAAUUUUCCACGAUGCGAAGGUUGUAAUUGUGAUCCAGCUGGUGUUGUUGAAACAUUCAUGGGCUGUGGAUCGUUGCCAGUUGGUGAACUUUGUAAAUGUAAGGAACGUGUUGAGGGAAGAAUUUGCAAUCAAUGUAAACCACUCUUUUGGAAUUUACAAGCCAAUAAUCCCGACGGCUGUGAAGAAUGUCAGUGCAAUAUACCCGGUGUUAUUGGAAGCAUUGGAGAAUGUGAUUCUAAAUCUGGUCAAUGUAUUUGUAAACCCUCAGUCACUGAGAGAAGUUGCUCUCGAUGUGUCGAUGGAUCGUAUAAUUUACAGGAGGAAAAUGUUUUUGGAUGUUCUGAUUGUGCCUGCGAUGUGGGAGGAUCAAUUAGUCGUCUCUGUGACAAAAUAACCGGUCAAUGUCCAUGUCAAGCACGAGUAACUGGUCAAACAUGCAAAGAACCAUUGAAAGCACAUUAUUUUCCAACACUCCAUCAAUUUCAAUAUGAAGCCGAAGAUGGUAUAACACCAUCAAAUAAUCCCGUUCGUUAUGGAUUUUCCGAUGAAGUAUUUCCCGGCUAUAGUUGGAAGGGUUACGCCGUAUUUGGUUUAAUUCAAGAUGAAAUUAUUCAUUUUAUCAAUGUUCACAAAUCAUCACUAUAUCGAAUGGUAUUGCGUUACAUUAAUCCAAAUAAUGAAGCAAUUCUCGGUACAAUAACAAUAACACCUGACAAUCCAUCGGAAGUUGAACAACAAUUUAUGGUACAUUUAAAACCAACGACAAAUCCAUCAUUUGUAACUGUUGCCGGUGCACAGGGUAUAAUACCAUCGUCAAUGGUAAUGGAUCCUGGUCAUUGGACAAUAAGAAUUGCAACAAAAAAAAGUUUAUUUUUGGAUUAUUUUGUUUUAUUGCCUGCUGAAUAUUAUGAAGCGACAAUAUUAACGGAGGAUGUUAAUAUUCCCUGUGAAAUUGGUUACUUGGGUCUUUGUCGACAUUAUGGUUAUCCAAAUUUAACGUUAUUUAAUUCUGUUCACGGUGCUGGGGGUUUUUUGAGUAAAAAUGGUGUUCGUGAAUCGGUGGAACAAUAUUUGACGGAUAGAGAAACAUUGGAUGAAAUUGAAGAGGAACGAUUGCCAUUGAUUAGUAAUGAGCAAAAUGAAGUUAAUUUUGAAAUGAGAAUUACAAAACCAGGAGCACAUGUUCUUGUUGUUACGUAUAUUACUCCAAAGGAGGAGAAUUCAACAUCGAGUGUUACAAUUGAGGCAGGAGAUUGGAGAGGAAAAGCAAAUUUAAAUCCUUGUAAAUAUACCAGUAUUUGUAGACAAGUUGUCAUUGAUUCGGCAGGAAGGGUAGCGAUUAUGAAUUUUCCGACAAAUUACAUUGGUCUUAAAAUUAUAGGCGAGGUAAAUAAAACAAUUGCAAUUGAUUCAAUAAUUGCCAUUCCACAACAAGAAUGGUCCUUGGAUUAUAUUAAACCAAAAUCGGCUUGCGUGAGAAAGAAUAAAAAAUGUGUUCAAGGUAGUUUUCCCGGUGCAGCAGAUGCUAAAAAAAUUGAAUUCGAAUCUGAUUUAAAUCUUGGAUCAACACCCGAAUGGAUAACGAAUAAAAAUUCAAAAUUCAUUUAUCUUUAUAAUGAAAAUGCAGAUAUUCAUGCAAAAGUUCCUUAUCCAGGUGCUUAUAUUUUUGUUGUACAAUAUUAUCAGCCAGAUUAUCCGGAAUUUGAUCUCGAGGUAUUGAUACAAAAUGGAAAAUAUUAUGAAGCAAAAGUACCAGUUCCACAUUGUCCAAGUAGUAGUGGUUGUCGUAGUUUAAUACGACAAAUUGAUGGUGAAACAAGAUUUGUUCUCGAGGAAAAUGUUUCAAUGAAUUUUAAUGAGGCAACGGGUAAAGGUAUUUGGAUUGAUUAUGUUCUUGUUGUGCCAGCCGAUCAGUAUAAUGAUAAUAUUUUACGUAAAUUGCAAUUCGAUCAAACUGAGGAGUUUAUUAAGAAAUGUGGUAGUAAUCAUUUUUAUGUUAAUGUCACUGAUGAGGGAUUAUGUCGUGAUGCAACAUUUUCAUUGACAACACAUUAUAAUAAUCGUGCAUUACCAUGUAAUUGUGAUAUUGAAGGUACAAUGAGUUUUGAAUGUGAAAAAUUUGGUGGACAAUGUCCAUGUAAGCCGAAUAUUAUUGGAAGACGUUGUGAGACUUGUAAAACUGGUUUCUAUGGUUUUCCGGAUUGUAAACCAUGUAAUUGUCCAAGUACAGCAAUUUGUGAACCCGAGAGAGGUGAAUGUAUUUGUCCAUCAAAAGUCACGGGGGAGAAAUGUGAUCAAUGUGAAAUUGGUACUUAUGGCUAUCAUCCAAUUAUUGGUUGUGAGGAUUGUAAUUGUGCACAUCAAGGUGUAUUGAAUGGUAAUUUACAAUGUGAUCUUCUCAAUGGAAGUUGUAGUUGUAAGGAAAAUGUCGUUGGUAGACGUUGUGAUAAAUGUUUACCGGGUUAUUCACAAUUUCCACAUUGUGAAAAAUGUGAUUGUGAUAAUCGUGGAACAACUGAUGAUAUUUGUGAUCAAUUUACUGCUGAAUGUUAUUGUAAAACAAAUGUUCAAGGAUUGGCUUGCGAUGUCUGUAAAGAAGGGACGUUUGAUCUUCAAAUUGGCAAUGAAGAAGGUUGCAGUAAAUGUUUCUGUUUUGGCAAGACAAAUAGAUGUGUCUCAUCAAAUUUGUAUAGGACAUUUAUUAUGAAUAUGGAGAAUUGGGAAUCGGUGGCUGUUAUUGAAAAACAUGGAAAUGUGACAAAUUUGGAAUCGUUGGUGAAAAAUGUCAAUGAAACAUCAACGGUACUUGAUUUUGCUCAAAGUGAAACAAUGGAGAAAAUUGUAUUUUUCACAGCUCCUGAUAAUUAUUUGGGAAAAAAACUCACGUCCUAUGGAGGCUGGUUAAAUUAUACGAUUAUGUAUUCGACUGGACCAUUUGGAAAUGCUGUCGAUGGACCUGAUGUAAUUUUACGAAGUGGUGAUAUGCUUCUUUUUUAUCAUGCUGACGAACAACCAUAUCAGUUUACAAAUUAUAGAGCGUCAUUGGAAUUGGUUGAGAAGAAUUUUUUGGCUUUGAAUAAAUUGAAAGUUACGAGGGAACAAUUUUUGGUGGUUUUAGAAAAUCUUGAGGGAAUUUAUAUAAGAGCAACUUAUUGGGAUCAGAGUCUUACUGCUGUAUUGUCUUAUGUGACUUUAGACACAACAACUACGUCAUAUUCGCAUAAUAGUAUUUUAGCGAGUGGCGUUGAACAAUGUCAAUGUCCUCCAAAUUAUCAGGGACUUUCUUGUGAAGAAUGUGCUCCAGGUUAUUAUCGUGUCUCAUCAGGACCUUAUGGUGGAUAUUGUGUUCGCUGUCAAUGUCAUGGACACUCUGAUUCUUGUGAUGUUAACACUGGAGUUUGUCACGACUGUAAAAAUGGAACAACCGGCGAUCAUUGUGAAUAUUGUGAGCAAGGCUAUUAUGGAAACGCAACAAUUGGAACACCUUCCGAUUGUUUAAUUUGCGCCUGUCCACUUCCAGUUCCCAGUAAUAAUUUUGCAACUGGUUGUCAAGUUAAUGAGGAUGGAAAUAAAAUAAGUUGCGAUUGUCUACCAGGUUACUAUGGAGCACGUUGUGAAGCAUGUUCCGCUGGUUAUUAUGGGCAACCAGAUGUUUAUAAUGAUUUUUGUAAACCUUGCAAUUGUUCAGGAAAUAUCGAUACAAAUGACAUUGGAUCGUGUGAUUCAAUAACUGGUGAAUGUCGCAAUUGUUUAAAUAACACUUAUGGUCAGGCGUGUAAUAUUUGUGCUCCAGGAUUUUUUGGCGACGCUGUCGAUAGAAAAGAUUGUCAAAGUUGUCUUUGCGAUAGUUGUGGAAUGGAUCAAUGUAAUAAUUAUAAUGGUCGUUGUGAAUGUAAACAAAAUGUUAUUGGCGAUAAAUGCGAUCGUUGCGAGAUUAAUCAUUAUGGUUUUGAUUCUUGCGAUGGUUGUAAGGCUUGCGAUUGUGGAGCUGCUUCGGAAAGUUCUCAAUGUGAUAUGCAAACUGGACAAUGUCGUUGCAAACCCGGCGUCACUGGACGUAAAUGUGAUAAAUGUAUUAAUGGAUAUUGGAAUUAUGGACCCGAAGGCUGCAUCUCUUGUGGUUGUAACACUGGAUAUUCGGUUGGAGUUUCCUGUAACACAUCCACAGGACAAUGUACCUGUUUACCUGGUGUGAUUGGAGAAAAAUGUGACCACUGUCCAUAUCGAUUUGUCCUGAUCGAAAAUGACGGUUGCUAUCAAUGCGAUUCUUGUACUGAUGAUCUUCUCGACGUCACUGAUCUUCUCUCCGAGACUCUCAAUCCAGUUUUCAACAAUUUUAGCACCGUCGCAGAGAGCUACUUUACAAAUCAACGACUAAGAUUUUUCAAUGACUCGGUUAAUGAAUUAUAUCCAGAGGUACAAUUAUUGGAUCCAAGUAAAAUUAAUUUUGUCCCAUUAAAACAAGAUAUCGUGCGAUUAGAUGAGGAAGUAAAGGCACAAAAGCGAAAAGUCGAAUAUAUAUCGGACGCUGCCAAUCAAUGGAAAGAAGGUGCGGAAAAUACAUUAAAUGGAAUGAAUGAAUUGGAAAAAGAUGUUGCACAAGAAAUUGAACUUGUCAAUGAUAUUGUCGCUGAAAUACAAUCAUUGGCAUCAAAUAUUCAAAUUGGAGCUGGUGCUAAAGUUGAAUAUGCAUUACAAGUGGCGGAGAGUAUAAUACAAAAAAUAAAAUCUGUCUCAUUCCAUGAAUUUCGUGAUAAGGCAAAUGAUCAACAAAUUGCAGCGACAAUUCUCAUUUCUGAAAUGAUGGAUUAUACAUCGCCAGUGAAAAAUUUCAGUUCAGAAAUACAAAAUUUAAAUGGUGCAAUGAAAACAUUGAGUAUUAAAAUUGAUGAUUUGCAUAAUUUGGCUGUGAAGGCUGAGGAUUUAAUAAGAACGGCAGCGAAAUUAAAUGAAGAAAAUAAAAGAGCCGCUGAAACGGGAAAUAUUGAUAAUGUCAAGAAAUUUGCUGACGAAACGAAUGAUGAUAUUUUAUCAGGACGUGAUUUAAAUAAAAAAGCUAACGAUGCACUUGAUGAAGCUCGACCAAUAAUGAAAGAAUUAGCGAAUGAAUCGGAAAAAAUAGGAAAUACGAUAAAUCAAUUAAGGGAGACGUAUCAGGAAAAUGAGAAAGAAAUGCCAAUGAUUUUGGAUUUAAUAGGAAGAGCAAAGAAACACGCAGAUCAACUUGAUUUAGAUUCUUUGGCAUUGGAUGAUGUUUUAUCAGACACGAGAAAUACCGACGCUGUAAAGGCUGUCAGUGUUUAUCAAAAUAUUCAAAAUGAUAUCUCUGAUGCUGAAGCCGCAGCGGCGGAAGCUAUCGAAGCAGCCGAUCAAGCUCUCAGUCAGUCCAGCGGUAUCGAUGAAAAUGCAAAAAAUUCCUUCGAACGUAGUAAAAAAUUAUUGACAGCAGCCACAGAAUCAGUUAAUAGAACCGAAGGACAAUUAAAUCUCGAUUUAGACGAAGCUGAAAAAUACGUCAGCGAUAUCGAGGGAGAAAAUAUUUACAACAAAGAUUCAUUAGAUGAUAUUGAUAGAUCGUUGGAAAAAAUAACAUCACAAGGUCCUCUUUUGGUGAUUCAAACAGCUUUGAAUAAUGCCGAUAAAGUUGAAUAUACAAUUCAACAAGCUUUAAAUAAUAUGAAUCAUACUGUUAAUACAUUGCCAAUGGAUUUAAAAACAACAAAACAAUUAUCAAAAGAUAUUUCUGAUUCAAUACAUGAAAUAACACAAGCAAAUUUCCAUUUAAAUUCAGUUGAUAAAGUUAUUCCAAAUAUGAAUAGUCUUCUUGAUGAAUUAAAUCAACGGCAAAAUUCAAUUAAUUCAACUGGCAAUGAUUUGUAUGAUAAAAUUGAAAGAUUAAAGAGAAAAAUUGCAAAUGCAAGAGAAUUAGCCGAUAGAUUUAAAGUUGGAUUAACAUUCUUUAAGAAUACAACAUUGGAAUUAAAAAAUCCCGAGAGUCUUCCAUUAUUGGCAACAUCGACACAAGUUUCAGUUUAUUUUAGAACUAAUAUUUCUAAUGGUUUUCUAAUGUAUCUUGGCAAUGAAGGAAAAUCGAAAAUUCCACGCACUGAAACGCAUGAUUACAUGGCACUCACCAUUGAAAAUGGAUAUCCGGUUUUAUUAAUGGAUCUUGGAUCAGGAACAACGAAAAUUGUUAAUAAUAAUAAAACAGUAUCCGACAAUGUUUGGCGUCAAUUAAUUGUUGAAAGAACCGGAAGAAAUGUGAAAUUGAUACUUCGCGAGGAUGUCGGCGAGGGCAAAGAAAAACUCUACGUAAAGGAACAAUCACUACCUGGAUCGAAUACAGUUUUUAAUUUAGAUUUAAAAAAAUCAAAACUCUUUGUCGGUGGUUAUCCACCGUCGUUCCAAAUUCAAGAUGACGUGACAGUAAAUUAUUUUGAAGGCGAAAUGGAAGAGCUUGUUAUUGGCGAUGUUCCAGUAUCAUUUUGGAAUUUUGUCGACGCUGAAAAUAAUUUCCGACAAGCAAUUGAACGUGAUAAAUUAAUUAAUCUUGAAUCAAGUACUGGCUAUCGUUUUGAUGGCAAUGGUUAUGCGAUAAUAAGUAAAAAAAUGUCACAAUUACGUGUGAAAAAUUCGGAAUUUAUCAUAAGAAUGAAUUUCAAGAGUUUAGAAAAGAAUGGACUUAUGUAUCUAAUGGGAAAGAAUGGUCAUUAUUUGUCAAUUGAAAUGAGAAAUGGACAAGUACUAUAUCAAUAUUAUCUUGGCGGUGAUAAAGUACAAAUUCGUUCAACUGAAAUGUAUAACGAUGGCGAAUGGCAUACAUUGGAAGCGAUACGUCAACAUCAAAAAGGAAAUUUGAAAAUUGAUGGUAAAGUCGUUGCAAAACAUGAUGGAUCCGAUGAAUUUAAAUCGUUAAUGUCAAAUGAUCAAUUAUUCUUCGGUGGUUAUCCACCAAAUUUGACUCAUCCCUAUCCAACAGUGACUCAAAAGGGUUUUGAAGGCUGUAUCGAUUACGUGAUUAUUCAUGAGACUUCCGUUGAUCUUGUCAGAAAUCUUCAGGCCUUUGGAGUUGUUCCUGGAUGUCCCGUUAAGUUUGCCAGUUUAAUUUCUCUGGAACAUGGUAAACCCGGUUAUGUUAAAUUACCAAAUAUGACAGUGACAGACAAUCUUCAAAUUACAUUGAAAUUUAAAACAGUGACAAGUAAUGCUCUGAUUUUUGCAAUUGUGGGUAAAAAUGAAAAUGAAAAUAUCAUUCACAGUCAUUUAUCACUUGUUGAUGGUAUUUUAGUUUUUGAAAGUGGAAAUAAUAUUGUGACUACAAGUCCAGUUGGUACGAAAUUUGAUGAUAAUGAAUGGCACGUUGUCACGGCAACGAUUGAUGAAAAAGCAAUUAAUCUUGAUAUUGAAAGAAUUGAUACAUACGAUACGGAUAAUUAUAAUUCUAAAGGUGCGCCACUUGAUAUUAAAUCAGCUUUCAUUUAUCUUGGAGGUACUCCAAGUAAUUUGCCAUUUGAAUCACAUCACGAACCAUUUGCUGGUUGCAUUGGUGAUGUCACUGUCAAUGGUGUUAUCAUUAAUUUUGCCAACACUACCGAUAGACCAAAUACUAUUCUUGGAAAAUGCCGAGGAGGCGAACCAUCUGGACUACCAAAGGUUCCUGAAGAUUCUUGGCCUUUGCCACCGUUGCCAAUAGACAAUGAAAAUUAUACAGACAUAACGGAAAAUAGUAUCGUUGACAUAAAUCCAGAAAAUGUUGAACCAGAGCCAAUAACUGCAAAACCAAUAGAAGGUCGACACAAUGAGAAAUUUAAUAAUGUUGAUGGAAAAGAAUCUGAAGAAGAGAUAACUACACCUUCUACUACCACUAAGAGUACAACACCUUUUGUUCCGGUAUAUGUGGACGAAUGUCGAUUACCAUUUGAACCGGCUGUUGAUCCUGAUGGCGCAAUGGGAUGGAGAUUUGGAACUCAAAAAGACAGUAGAAGAGAAUACAGUUCCAUCAAUGGUCGAUAUAAAUAUGAUUUUGAUUUCCAAAUAAAUAUUAAAACAAUUGAAGAUGAGGGAUUAAUAUUUUAUGCAUCCGGUCAGAAUAAUGACGAUUUGAUUGCUCUUUUCAUUCAACAUGGAAGGGUGAACUUUAAAUUCGACUGCGGAAGUGGACCAGCAUUAAUAACAAAUCCAGUGAAAAUUAAUGAUAAUCAAUGGCACACUGUUCAAUUUAAACGAGAGCAAAAUUAUGGUGAAUUAAUUGUUGAAGAUACACGAGCAACAGGUACAGCUAUUGGAGGAGAAGGUGAAAUUGACGUGAAUCCUCCAUUCUAUUUAGGAGGCGUAAUUCCUGAGAAAUCUUCGCGAAUCUUUAAAACUUUGGGAAUGAAUAAAUCAUUUGAUGGCUGCUUGAAUAAUUUCAUGAUUAAUGGAAAUCCUGUCGGUACACCUGCUGAAGAAAUUGGUCUAAUUCCAUGUUCAAAGAAAAUUGAACCCGGAAUAUUCUUCUAUCCAUCUAAUAAUGGCAGCAAUUUCUUCAAACCUGUUGAAACAUUUUCUGUGAGCAAAACAAUGGAUAUUCAAAUGGACAUUAAACCACGAUCGUCAAGCGGUCAUUUAUUAUCAGUUCAUGGAAAAAAGGACUUUUUAAUAUUGGAAAUGGUCAGCGGUACUAUUAGAUUUAUGAUAAAAUCAAAUAAAGGACAAACAACAAUUGAAACUUCAUUUAAACCACCAAAUCCAAAUUCUUUAUGCGAUGGAAAUUGGCACAAUAUUCGAGCAAUCAAACAAAAGAAUGUUCUACUACUGUCAGUGGAUCAUAAAGCAGCAUCGCCUGGAAUUGGACUUAAAAAUUCAGCUGUUGUCAGUACUAAGAGUCCAAUAUUUAUUGGAGGUCAUGUGAGACUACAAUUACCAUUGAGAGGAAGUACUGCACAAGCACAAUAUGUUGGUUGUAUGAAUAAUAUAAUGAUUGAUAAUAAUCCAAUUAAAUUUGAUCCUAGUCGUACAAGUGGUAAAGUUACGACAAAUGUUUGUCCAACUAUUUAAAAAAAAAAAAAAAAUGAAAAA